AUGGCAGGCGAUUUUAAUGAACCUCUGGUGCAAGAGGAUAUAUUUGGAGGCAGGGGUGUUAGUGUGAAUCGGUCUCUGGCCUUUAAAGAUUGCUUAGAUUUAUGCAAUAUGGUUGAUAUGGGUUUUAAUGGUCCAAGGUAUACCUGGAUUAACAAACGGGAUAUUAACAAUCUCAUUUUGGAAAGAAUUGAUAGAUUUUUCAUGAACCCGAAGUGGUGUGUUCUUUAUCCUGAUGCAAAAGUUUCUCAUCUGCCCCGUUGCCAUUCUGAUCAUUGCCCGGUUCUAAUGGAGACCAUUCCGGGUAGAGGGGUUCGUCUCAACAGACCCUUUAGAUUUCAAGAAUUCUGGUUGUCGGACCUAUCCUUUCCCAAUAUAGUUUCCAGUGCCUGGAGUAGGGAUAGGAACUUAGCUGAGUCUAUUAAGGUUUUUUCUAAGGAAGCUACCAUCUGGAAUAGGGAUCAUUUUAAGAAUAUCCACCAGAAGAAGAGGAGAAUCAUGGCUAGAAUCUAUGGUGCCCAAAAAGCUCUCUCCAUCUGUCCAAGCUCCUCCCUCAUUAAUCUUGAGAACCAGCUACAGCAGGAUCUGGAGGUUGUGUUAGACCAGGAGAGGGAUCUUUGGAUGUUGAAAUCCAGAAUUAACUAG